AUGGCUGCCACGAAGCCCCUCGCGGAGAAUAAGAGCACUGCCAUCUUAGAUGCCGCUGAGAAAGGUAGCUAUGGGGUCGUUGCGGUGUGCUGCUACAACCUCGAGGAGAUAUUCGCAACGGUUCGGGCAGCAGAAACAACCAAAUCCCCAGCAAUGAUCCUCCUCUUCCCUUGGGCCAUGCAAAAGUUCGGACACAUCCUCGUCAACAUGGCGGCAGACGCCUGCCGCUCAGCCAAAGUUCCCGUUUCACUCCACCUUGACCAUUGUCAGGACGUCGAGCUAGUCAAAUACGCAGCUUCGCUACCCUUUGACUCGAUCAUGGUCGAUAUGUCGCAUCAUGAGAAGGAGGAGAAUUUGCGGUUGACGAAGGAACUCACUGAGUAUUGCCACGAGAGGGGCAUCGCGACCGAGGCUGAGCCAGGAAGGAUUGAAGGCGGCGAAGACGGAGUCAAGGAUACUGCUGAGCUGGAAGGCGUCAUGACGACGUCUGAGCAAGCGCAGGAGUUUAUCGACACGGGUAUUGACUACUUAGCUCCUGCAUUCGGAAAUGUGCAUGGUGCGUAUAGUAGCAAAGGUCCUCGAGCGCAUCUCCAGUUCGAACGCCUUGAAUCGGUGCAGAAAGCAUCGCAAGGAAAGGUCAGACUGGUGCUUCAUGGAAGUGGCGAGUUCACGGAGGAUAUCUACCAGGACUGCAUCCAGAGGGGCAUUUCGAAGAUCAAUGUUAAUGCGCAAUUGGUGGGUCCGUGGAGAGAUAUGAUGAAGACAAGAACGGAGUUCACGCCUCUGACGAAACUGAUAGAAGAUAGCAUCGAUAUCUUCCAGGAGGAGGUUGAGAAGUUGAUGAGGAUGGUGGGAAGUUGUGGGAAGGCUUGA